CUUCUUCUCUGUUUCACACUCCCCAAGCUGGCACCAUGGCCCAUUUGUCAGGUCUCCCUCAACAUUACACCACACACACAUUCCCAUUGAUUACUACUUUGCAUAUUUCCAAGAAAACUAUUGUUUCCCUGACCCCCUUUCCAAUUGCCCCUCCACUGUUUUCCCACAAAUAAAAAUCCAAUAUUUAUUCAUUUUGGUGCAUGUGUGAUUGAAUUUUCAGCUCAGCAGAUGUGAUGAGAGAGGUGUAGCCUUCAAGAAAAUGGAAAAGGGCUCUUCCUCCUCUUCUUCAUCAGGUGGUGGUGGGGCUGACUCCAUCAAUGGCUUGAAAUUUGGCAAGAAAAUCUACCUUGAAAAUGUGGGCUCAAGAAUUGGGGGUGUGGGGGAGGAGGAGGAGGCGCCGCCGCCGCGUUCCCCGGCCAAGAAGGGGAGGACUGCGGUAGUGCACGGUGGGCAGCCACCUAGGUGCCAAGUGGAGGGGUGUUUGGUAGAUCUGAGUGAUUCUAAGGCUUAUUAUUGCAGGCAUAAAGUUUGUGGUGUGCACUCAAAAUCUCCAAGGGUGAUUGUUGCUGGCCUUGAGCAAAGGUUUUGCCAGCAGUGCAGCAGGUUCCAUCAACUGCCCGAAUUUGACCAAGGGAAAAGGAGUUGCCGGAGGCGCCUUGCUGGACACAACGAGCGCAGGAGGAAGCCGCCCCUCGGCCCUUUACUGUCAUCGCGCUAUGCAAGCCUCUCUCCGUCAGUGUUAGCCGGAGGUCUAGAGGCGGACAUGACAGCCUACUCAGCAUUCGGUGGGAGAGAUCCAUGGCCCGAAUCAUCAAAUCAAACAACGAGCAGGGGAAACUUCCAGUUUCCCUGGCAGAUGAGCUCACAAGCAGCUUCUCCUCCACCCAAUCUUCUGCAAGGCUCCACAACAAGGAUGAGUUACGCAGCUGCCGAGGACUGUUUCAGUGGGAUCCCCGACUCAACCAGUGCUCUCUCUCUUCUGUCAAACGAGCCAUGGAGCUCGAGAAGCCAAACCUUGGAUCUUGGGGUCAACAGCUUUAUUGCCGGAAACGGUGCAGCCGGGGCCGACCCAGGUGGGUCAAUCGGUCGAUAUCCUUCAUGGGAUUUCAAAGGUGAUCACUCUCUCCACGAGAUGCCCCCUGAUAUGGGGUUAGGGCAGAAUUCUCAUUCUCACCCGACCAACAAUCCUUACAGCAUGGACCUAAGGUUGGCUGGGCCAGGUGACGGGCGACGCCACGAACUUGAGCCAUCCGGUGGCUAUGAUUCUUCCAGCCACCACAUGAACUGGUCACUUUGAGCCUUGUUUCUGUGUUUUUUUUGUUUUGUUUUUGUUUUUGUUUUUGUGGUUGUGUUGUGUGCCUUUAGACUAAGCUACUUGAUGAUGCAAUCUUAGUUAAACUAAAUUUUAUGUUUAGAUUUGGUUACGUUUAAGUUUUUCUCAA